AAAAACCAUUCUCCCGCGAGUUGACGUCUGGCGUUUUUCAUUGUUCUUCGGAAGUUUCGCCGUAUAAUUUCGUUGUCAUCGGCAAGUUUGUAGCUUUAGUAAAAUUUCGAGAAACAUUUUCCAAACAAUUAAGAGAUGAGCUUCAACGAGAAGACCAAAGAUAUGCCAAGCAUCUCGAAAGAAGAUUGGCUCGCUCGUUUAGCACAGUUUCAAUUUCGACAGUCGGACAUGAAUCGUUUAAUCAUGAAUUAUUUGGUUACAGAAGGAUUCAAAGAAGCGGCUGAGAAAUUUCAAGUAGAGGCCGGUUUGGAGCCAAGCGUCGAAUUGAACACUUUAGAUGAACGCAUAUUAAUACGUGAUGCAGUGCAAAACGGUAGAGUGCAGGAAGCCACCCGUCUAGUGAACCAGCUACACCCGGAACUACUGGAUAACGACCGAUAUUUAUUCUUCCAUCUGCAGCAGCUCCAAUUAAUUGAAUUGAUCAGAGCUGGAAAAAUCGAAGAGGCGCUAUCAUUUGCUCAAACAAAACUCUCAGAAGCCGGUGAAAGUAUUCCCGAAGCUUUGUGUGAACUGGAGCGUACGCUUGCCUUACUAGCUUUCGAAAAACCGCAAAACAGCCCUUUCGCUGAUUUACUCGAGCAAUCACAUCGACAAAAGGUUGCAAGUGAACUUAAUUCCGCAAUACUUAAAAUGGAGCAUCAAGAAGAAUCGAGUCCCAAAAUCAUGUACCUCAUCAAAAUGAUCCUUUGGGCCCAAUCGAAAUUGGAUAGUCGAGAUAUUCAAUACCCGAAAAUGACGGACAUUGCUACAGCGUUGAUCGAGGAGAAUAAGUAAAGUUAACUGUCUAUUAAGCGCGUAUUUUAAAUAAAAUUGAAUAUAAAUUAGUUCCCAUUUUUUUUUUCUUAUUUUGUUGGUGAUUGUUUUUGAGUCGGUUCUCUCCGAUGUAGAGUGCAAGGAAAUAGAUGAGAAUGGAAUUUUAUUUAUUUGGAAGGUAAAAAAGACAACCAAAGUGGUUGGAUGCGAUAUUGAAAUGAUCCUCGUACCUUUCUAUUCGAAAUUGAUUGAACACGAAUAUAAUUGUAAAAUGUAUGAUAUGUAUGUUUUAAAUAACAUUGAAAUAGAUAUAUAUUUCUAAUGCCAAAUA